AUGAAACAUUUAGAGUAUACUAUUUACCUUAUUCUACUAGUAUCUCAAACGAUAGAAGCCGGUGGUGCUAAACACAAUAAGAUUGAAGAGGCGCGAUUAAAUGUCACCAAUAAUGCUAACACCACUUCGCCGUGGCUUAAAAGAAUCAUAAACCCACGAGCUCGAGCUCAAGCACAAGGGUGUUGGAAUAGGCCGUGGAUUUGCUCAGGAGGUCAAUUCCCUCCGCGAAGAUUAUGUUGCAUGAAUCGUUGCAUUGAUAUCAUGUUCGAUCCUCUAAACUGUGGUUUUUGUGGCGUAAGAUGCCCAUUCACGUGGCAAUGUUGUAAUGGAAUGUGCAUUAAUGUCAACAUUAAUCCUUACCAUUGUGGUGGAUGUUAUAAAAGGUGUGGAGUGGGAAGACCAUGUGUGUAUGGGUUGUGUGGCUAUGCUCAACCCUUCCCUCCCUUUCCUUUCCCUCCGACGUUGCCCGGCCCACCUUUCCCUUUCCCUUUCCCUUUGCCUCCGACAUUGCCAGGUCCGCCUUUCCCUUUCCCGUUGCCUCCUGGAUCUCCUACUGGUCAAACUAGUCAACAAAUUAUCAACAAAGAAUGA